AUGGAGCCAUAUCAGGAGCUCUCCUUCGAGGAGCUUAACCGCAGAGCCCUCCAUGAGUUUAUCUACCAGCCCGUCAGCCGCGACAUGAUCAAGUAUCUGGCUAAGGCUGCUUCCAACGUCAUCCAGUGCGAUCCUAACAUGGCCCCACCAUCAACAACUCGUUUUUCUUCGUCUGGCAAGCCCGUGCCCGCUAGCGACGGUCUGCCCUCUGUGGAGGACUUCAUCACCAAGCUGGUCAUCUCCUCUAACGUUCAGGUCCCGACCCUCAUGUCGACCCUGGUUUAUCUCACUCGCUUGAAGCAGCGCCUGCAGCCCGAGGCCAAGGGUCUCAGGUGUACGAUCCACCGCAUCUUCCUCGCUACGUUGAUCAUUGCCGCCAAGUACCUGAACGAUAGCUCUCCCAAGAACAAGCACUGGGCCAACUAUACCGUCAUGCAGUCCCCGCACUACCACUUCGGCUUCACCCGCCAGGAGGUCAACCUCAUGGAGCGCCAGCUCCUUGCCCUCCUCAGCUUCGACCUGCGCAUCACCGAGGAGGAUCUUUAUCAGGAAUUCGAGCCCUUCCUGGCUCCCCUGCGCGAAAAGAUAGCUACCCACAGACGGGAACGCUACGAGCGCAAGCUGCGCCAGCAGCAGUACCUUCAGGAGCAACAGAUGCGGAUCCAGCAGCAGCGGCACCAGAACGACGAGUUCCUUACCGUCCCCGUGCAACCGUCUCUAUCUCCGGAACACACCUACCCGACCCCGCCGUCCAGCCGUGGCUCCUCCUGCACACGCAGCCCAUACCACUCGCGCAAUCCCUCUUCAGUGUCAGGGCACUCCCGCUCCAGCAGCCGUUCUGUCACCCCGCCGGAUCUUGUCUCCAGCGGCGCAUCCUCAUAUGCGCCUAGCGUUGCUUCGCGCGCCACGACCCCCUGCGAAGAUGAGCCCGCGCCAGAAAUCCAGGUUGUUGACAGCCCGGAGCAAGUUAGCGACCUCCACUGCGAGGAUGUCGCACCCCCCAAGGUCCCAGCGAAAGACUACUACAACUCAACGUACAAACCUGCUGCGUACCAGGGAUAUGGCGCGGGGUACAACUAUCCCGCUUAUCCGCAGGCUACGGUUACCGCGACAGGGAAGAGGAAAGCAGCUGGUGGGAUGCUCCCUUACGAGAUCAGCGCUGAGCAGGCGGGGAGGAUGUACGGGUACCAGCCAACGCAGUGGCCGUUGAGGGGGCCGAGGGAGGAUGGGAAGGUGAAGAAGGCGAGGGGAAUGUGGGAGAGGGUGCUGGGGGCCGUUAGUGCCGUUGGUGGGCGGUGA